AUGAUAAGGACUGACCUUUAUUGCAGCUCAGAACUGUUGACCGGAGCACUUAUCGUGUUACCGUGGAUUGCACUCUCUUGGUAUCAGAGGCAGUGCGGCCAUAUUGCAGAGACAGCGAGUGGAAAUAUACAGGACCCCACAUCCAGCGACCCCAUCACGCAUAUCACUCAGAAGGCAAGCCUUCUGACUGCGGUCACUCUAAUAAUCUUCGGCAGUGGCCAAAUUCUACACUCUCGCAUAUCGGGACAUUCGUCCGUUCAAAUCCCAACCAUCAGUGCAAGGAAUGCGCAGGACUUGGUUUUACAGGUCGUCUCGGUCGGACUGCCCAUUCUUGCGGCUCUGAAGAUCGGCGGCUUCUUGGUUGCGUUUGCGCUGCUCCUCGCAACCGCAUCAGGGGUCCCAGCUGCUCUCGCAAAGGACCCACGGAAUAAAGAACGAUACAGCCGCAAGAGGCUGUCUAUUGCACUUCUUGCCGUUGCUGUGAUAUCCAGCAUGCUCAUCCUAAACAACCCUUGGGGCUCGUCUCCAAUCCUUGGGUACAUCGCACUUUUGAUGUCGAUCUUCGUCUUCCCGCCUCCAUUUCCCUUCCUGCGCUCUAGCGGACCCAUUCCUGAGCCAGGGCUCGUUGUUCCUCAGGCCCAGUCCUCAGGCCAUGACUACUCGUCCGUGGUAGUCACAGCUAAUGCACCAUUGGCCGUCAUCUCCGGAGUUUCCCUUGCACUUUUGACUGCUGUUCUCAACCAAGGCCUCGUAUUUGGUGCCUCAGACCUUAUCUAUAUCGCAUUGCCUACCAGCCUCCUCGCUAUCUCCCUUAUGGCCUCGAGGCCCGAGAGUCUCCGUUCGCCCAAGAAAUCUGGACUCGCGAUCUUCGCUGGAACUGCAGCUUUCUUCUGUGCACCCCAUAGUCAGGAUGACCUGCUUGUGGUCUAUUCUACACGUGCCAUGUUCGCAAUGUCCGCAUUCUUUGCAUCGCGGAGAGAUGACAGCCAUUUACAUGUAGACGCACAUGCCCACAACCAUUCUCACGGCCACAGCCAUUCCCACGCUACCACGGAGGCUGCCGGGAUUUCCAAGUGGCUUCUUCAAAAAAGCGAACCAUAUCCUUUACUACACAGCAUUCUCAAGGAGAAGGACUCUCGGAGUAUCUUCUACUUCAUGUGCCUGAAUUUCACAUUCAUGCUUGUUCAAUUGUCGUAUGGAUUCCUAACUGGGUCGCUGGGACUUCUGAGCGACAGCAUCCACAUGUUCUUCGACUGCCUCGCGCUAGUUGUGGGUUUGUGCGCUGCCGUCAUGAGCAAGUGGCCUCCAAAUGCGCGGUUUCCUUACGGCUAUGGUAAGGUUGACACCUUGUCAGGUUUUGCCAAUGGCAUUUUCCUCAUGAUCAUCAGCGUGGAGAUUAUUUAUGAGGCCGUGGAACGCCUUUCGUCGGGGAGCGAGAUGCAUCGCAUCGGCGAACUCCUGGCAGUCAGUAUCGCGGGACUCGCCGUUAACCUGGUCGGAAUUUUCAGUUUCGAGCAUGGCCACGCUCACCAUGGACAUGACCAUGGCCACGACCAUGGCAAUGAGAACAUGCACGGCAUUUUCCUGCACAUCCUGGCUGAUACACUCGGGUCAGUGGCGGUCGUGAUCUCAACGAUUCUAGUCCACUAUACCGGGUGGGCAGGAUACGAUCCACUCGCCUCGUGCUUUAUUGCCAUCUUGAUUUUCGUAUCGGCUGUUCCUCUGGUUAGCAGCACAGCCAAGACCCUGCUGCUUACCCUGCCAGCCGAUACCGAAUAUAACGUCCGCGAAACCCUCGCAGGAGUCAGUACCUUGCGAGGCGUGGUCAGUUACACAGUACCCAAGUUCUGGCUUGAUGAUACUGGGGCUACGUCUGGGCACAGCCAUUCGCAUGACCAUGCCAGUCAUGAGGCUUGUGGAGGUGGCCACGACCACAGUCAUGGUCAUAGUCAUAGCCACCACGGUCAUGAUCACGACCACGGCCAUCAUCACGACCACGGCCACAGCCACUCCCACCAUGGCCAUGGCCACGGUCACGAUCACGACCAUCACCAUGAUCAUGAUCAUGACCACGAGAAAACCCCCCAGAAUGUGUUUGGAGUGAUUCAUGUCGUUGCUUCUCGGGGUGCAGAUUUGGAAGAUGUCCGUCAACGAACCGUUGACUUCCUUCGAGAAAAGAACGUGGAUAUUUUAGUCCAGGUCGAGCGGGACGGCGAUGCACGCUGCUGGUGCAGUGUUGGAAACAAGGGCUUUUGA